AAAAACUUAAUCAAGUGCCUUAUUCGUAGUUACGAUUCAUUAUACAUGACGUGCCAUUGCACCUACCUCAUUGGUGGAGCUCAUUAAAAUGUUCAAAAGAAAAUUUGGAAUAAGACUCGUAAUAAUAUGUGCGUUUAUUUAUUCGAAUAUAAUGAUAUGUGAAACGGCACAUAGGCUUAAAAAUAAGGAUUUUGGACCCAAAAUAGUUGGUGGGCAUGCAGUGGGGUUGGAAGAAUAUCCGUUUGCAGUACAGUUCUUUAAUUUGGGUUCGUUGUGUGGUGGUGUCAUUUUGAACACUUGGGCCGUGUUGACGUCGGCUCACUGUUUAGAUAAUAACAAAAAUAUUAAGAAAAUGACGGUUCAAGUCGGUUCAAAAUAUAUUUACGAUUUUAACGCAAAGAAAUACGAUCUAAGUUCGUAUGAAGUACAUGAAGACUACAAUAAAGUGAUUCCAUUUGAAAACGAUAUAGCAAUGCUUUUCGUUAAGAAGCCGAUCAAGUUCAAUAAAUUGGCAAAGAAAGGGAUUCUCGUCAAUCACAACAAAUGGAUGAAUCCUAAAGAGACGGAAUUCAUUGUAACUGGUUGGGGUUGGCUGAAGUACGACGGAGCCCUGUCAGAGAUGAGCCUAAUGAUGGCAUCACUGACAUACGUGACAGUCAGCAGGUGCAGCGAGCUCCAUAAGAUAGAGCUCUCUAAAGAUAUGUUCUGUCUGUACGGGGAAGGCGACAGGGAUACAUGUAGGGGAGACUCCGGCGGCGGGGUGCUUUGGAAUGGGAGAAUUGUCGGUUUGACAUCACAUGGGGAUGGAUGCGCCAAGAAACUCAAGCCAAGUGUGUACACAAACCUGUGGUAUCAUAGAAAAUGGAUUAAAGAACAAAUGCUACGUUUCAUUGACAAUUUCUGCAGACAGGGAGAAAAUUGAAAUAAUACUCCGUUUUAGAAUU